GCAGGAGCAGCCAUCUGCCAAGGAGAGCCCAGCUGUCAGCUGCCUCACAGGAAGAUGCUGUGUGGAUGGGGUGGCCCCAGUGUGGGUGUGUGUAUGCGCACAGCACUGGGAGUGCUGUACUUCUGCCUCACAGGAGCUGUGGAGGUCCAAGUCUCUGAAGACCCUGUGGUGGCGUUGGUGGAUGCUGAUGCCACCCUCCGCUGCUCCUUUUCUCUGGAGCCUGGCUUCAGUCUGGCACAGCUCAACCUCAUCUGGCAGCUGACAGACACCAAACAGCUGGUGCACAGCUUUACUGAGGGGCGGGACCAAGGCAGUGCCUAUGCCAACCGCACAGCACUCUUCCCUGAGUUGUUGGAGCAGGGCAAUGCAUCCUUGCGGCUGCAGCGCGUCCGAGUAACCGAUGAGGGCAGCUACACGUGCUUUGUGAGCAUCCAGGACUUUGACAGUGCUGCUGUUAGCCUUCAGGUGGCAGCUCCCUACUCGAAGCCCAGCAUGACUCUGGAGCCCAACAAAGACCUUCGUCCUGGGAACAUAGUGACCAUCACGUGCUCCAGCUACCAGGGCUAUCCCGAGGCUGAGGUGCUUUGGAAGGAUGGGCAGGGACUGCCCUUGACUGGCAAUGUGACCACAUCCCAGAUGGCCAAUGAGCGGGGCUUGUUUGAUGUUCACAGCGUGCUGAGGGUGGUGCUGGGUGCUAAUGGCAUCUAUAGCUGCCUGGUACGCAACCCGGUGUUGCAGCAAGAUGCUCAUGGCUCAGUCACCAUCACAGGGCAGCCUAUGGCAUUCCCCCCUGAGGCUCUAUGGGUGACCGUGGGGCUCUCUGUCUGUCUUGUGGUACUGCUGGUGGCCUUGGCCUUUGUGUGCUGGAGGAAAAUCAAGCAGAGCUGUGAGGAGGAGAAUGCAGGCGCUGAGGACCAGGAUGGGGAUGGAGAAGGAUCCAAGACAGCUCUGCGGCCUCUGAAACACUCUGAAAACAAAGAAGAUGAUGGACAAGAAAUAGCCUGACUGGGAGCUGCUGCCUUUCCCAGGUGGGGGGGCCCACACCCCACCUGUGUUGAGCCUCAAUGUGAGCCCUACCCCCAACAAAUGGGUUCUGCUAUGCUGGUCUACCCAUUCUUCAAAGGAAGUGGUACAUAGGCCACCCUCAGCCUUAUUUCUCUGAUGGACUUAAUUCCCAUCAUCCUGCAGCCUUAUUUUUCCACUGACACGAUACAGGAACCAUCCUGCGGCCUUAUAUGGACAUGACACACAGACCGAUCCACCUCAGUGUUCCUCCAGAGUCAUCCAGUAGCCUUGUUUCUCCAGUGACAUUACACAUGAACCUUCUUCCUUCAGCCUUAUUUCUUAUGGGCAUAUGCAAAUUGCCCCACCUUCUUGCUUCUCCAAAGCCACGCAGACCAUGUAACUGUUGUUCACCAAGACACAUAACUAUUCAGAAGAACCCUGCCUUAUGUAUCUGAAGCUAGCUGCACAAUCGCCUCUUGGCUUUUCUCAUGGCCCUGAUACAUCUAUGUUACCACUUCUCAACCUUUGUUCUGACGAGUGUGGAUCCCGUCUCUUCAGCAUCUCCCAAGUCUUCAUCCCGACUCCCCUACCUUUGGCUUGGCUUUGGUUGUCUCCCUCCCUGGCUAAGUGUGAUGGGGCACACUCCCCAUCCACACACACACACAUGUACAUUGAUACCGGCAGCUGCACGUGCUGGAACGCGUGCAGACUUGUAUUGCAUGAUCUCCUCUGGCUGCCCUGGGCUGUGCCCAUUCCCCCCACAGGAAGCAGGUACUAGUUUCCCUGGUUCUCAGGGCCCUCAGGGGGUCAGCCUUCAUCCCUGUGCUUUCCCAUGUUUGGAAUCUUUGUUACUUUUACUUUCUUAGUAAACUAACAUCUGUAGUCUGUAGAGCAACCACAGGAGUCAGCACUGUGCUGGGUGCCAAGGUCCUGCAGGAAAACCAGAGUCCCUUCCCUCUAGAACUCACUUUCCAGCUGGGAAAUGGCCUUGCUUCCUACUGUAGCCAUCUGUGCUCACAGUUUCUGGAUACCUCAUCCUCAGCCCACACUAGCCCUGACCUGGGGUAGGGGAAGAAACCUAGAGAAAGCACAGUCCUUUACCAUACAUGGAGAACUGGGUGUUUUCUAGAAUCUUUCUAGAUGUGGACUGGAAGGCAGGUGGCCACAGCCAUGCAGACCUGGAUAGGGGCAGCAACCUAUGACAUAUUGGGAUCUCAACAGUUGGAGCCUGGGGCAGGCCAAGAGGGCCUGAGGACAAGAAAGGACUGCUUCUUACCAUGGUGCUAUUCUGGAGCUGGGGCUUGUACCUGGCUUGUCUCUGACAGCCCGGAUGCUGGCAGAGCAGAACUUCUGAUGUCCCCCUGAAGGCAUCUCCCCCACCCCAGUGCUAGAGAAUGUGAGGAUAAUUUAAACAUGGACUCUGGCCAGGUGUGGUGGUGCAUACCUUUAUUUCCCAGCACUUGGGAGGCAAAGGCAGGACAGAGUGAGUCCCAGUACAACUGGGGCGACACAGAAAAACCAUCUUAAAAGGCAAAACAAAAACGAAACAUGGGACUCUGUAAACUGGGUAUAUUUGGGGAGAAAUAAAUGCCUUUGUCUUUCAAUAGUU